UUAUAUGUUUGUUAAGUCAUAUUUGUUCGGAUGUAUGAUAUCUUUUAUUGUUUCAUAGUGUGCUGUUAUAGGUUAGGCAGAACAGUUAAUCAUGUUGAAAAUAUUGUCACUGCAAGAUUUCGAUGCCCCUUCAUUCGAUGAGCCAGCUGCUGUUGGAUUCAUAGGAAGUACUUUGCACUAUUGCAAUUAUGAGAAGCUACAAGAUGAGUUGCAACCAUUUGCCAAAUAUAUACGAGAAUAUCCAGAAGUUUCAAUUGCCCCAGAUAUUCUUGCUACGCGAGAAACGGCACGAACAGUUUGCGCCGAUGAUUUAUUUUUACCUGUUCAUGAUAGUAUCUUUAAGAAACUUGCCAGCAUAUGGAGAGAGAAAGGAUUAAUUGAAGCUAUCUAUGUUGCUGCAUCCGCAGAACCUCAAGAAGUUACGACGGUCAUACAUUGGAUAGCUACAAGGCUUAAACAGGGAUUAGAUUUAUUAGAUAAAGGGUUAUAUCAACGAGAAAUUUUACCUAUUUCUGGAUCUGGAUCGGUUGUAGAUGUAGUCCAUACACGGGAUUGGGAAGCAUCUCUUAUCAGAUGUAUUUCUUGGCACCCACAUUGUCCAAGACUAGCAGUUGUCACGAGAGAUGAUCGUAUGCGUAUAUUCUCUCAAGGAAUACCAGUAGUACCAAUACUGAGGCACAGUGCUCAAAAGUCAGUUUGUUGUGUAAGCUGGAGACCACUUGCUGGAAAGGAAUUGGCAGUAGCAUGUCAUGGAGGUGUUUUAGUUUGGACAAUAGAAUUAGGAGCAGCCAGUAAUUCUCUUAGUCAUGCAGUGUUUCUAAAACAUCGCAAUCAUGCGCCUGUAACAAAUGUUACAUGGCAUCCGCAGGGUGAUUUGCUGGUAUCAUGCUCACCCGCAGACACAAGUAUGAUUGUCUGGGAUACAUCCAGGAAGGAAGGUGUUCCGUUGAGGCGAGUAGGAGGUGGUGGUAUAUGCUUCACACGCUGGUCAACCUGUGGAUCCCAUUUAUUUUCUGCUACGUGUAGAAACAUAUUUAGAAUUUGGAAUACUGGAGUUGCAACACCAUGGCAUGUAGAUAAAUGGACAGUACCUAGUGGUCGUGUAGCAGUUGCAUGUUUCGGGCCUAAUUUGACCCUCUUAUUCGCUUCAACUGAAGAUCCUACUACGAUUUUCUCGUUACCUUUACAAAAGAACAUUUUCGACGUUAAGAAAACGUCUUUCGACGAAGUACAAAUGGCCGUGCCUUUGAUAGACUUAGCAAAAGUCAAUUUCUCUUCGGACGACGAUUACGUUUCAGUCGGUGGCAGAAUAGUCGCGAUGGAAUGGGAUCCUACGGGAAAAUAUCUCGCUAUAUUGUUUCAGGACAGCCCCUGGAUUGCAUUAGUUAAAACCAAGUUGGGAAAUCUGUCAAGGGUGAUCGAACUAAAACCAGGUUGCCUUAUUAAAGGAUUCCCAGGCGAAGUUCCGAAUUGCAUGAAUUUCUAUCAAAAGUGUAAUGAUAAAUCCAGUGUGAUUUGUUUAACAAUCGCUUGGAGCAGCGGUCGUAUACAGCAUUUUCCCAUAGUAGAAAAUGAAAGUGCAGUUAAUAUCAGUACGAAUUACUCGUUAACGUCCAACUCGUUUUCAUUACGAAACGAGACCUAUAAUUUUAAUUUAACCGCUACAUACGGUUAGCGUCAAUCGCUAACCUCUGAGCAAAAAAUCUGUCUUCCCGUUGUGAUACGUCGUUGAAUACUUCUAUAUUGAUCAAUGUACAAGUGUUACAAAUAUUUUUUAUUAAGUCGAGCAUGAAAGAGCAAUAAAUCAUUUGUACCCGACACGAUGUUCUCGGUCGUCACGCUGCAUUCCGACAGAUAUUAUAUAAUAUUUUAUAACCGAUUCGUCAACGUGGUUACAAAAAAAAAUCGUUGGGACCCGUGUCAAGCUCUAAUGUGCUAGCUUCCUAACUAACGUAUGGGAUAUACAACGCCACAGCUCUCGGGUUCGGUACCUAAUUAUACGAAGUCACAUGCAGAGCGCACGUCUUUCUAUUUUUACGUCGCUUGACCGAAUGCUGAACGCCGACACGUACGUACGCGAUGUGUCUCGCACUAUUUCCAAUACGCUUCUCUAUCCACUUGUACCGCUAUACAACUCCAAACACAAAUUAACCGCCACUGUUUCGACGUUUUAAACACCCCUUAUCCGAAAAUAUACAUUCCUCGAACGCAGUUUAUCAUCGCAGACCAGCGCUUUAUUUUCGAUUCGACAGUGUAAUUUACAUUGGCUGUCAAGGAAUCAUUAAUGUAUUGUAAAUAAUGUAUUACUAAAUAAUUUGUUAUAUAUUAUUAUGGGAAUUUAAAUAAAAAACUUAACAAUA